AUGGAAAUUGGCUCUGGAGGAUUCGCAUCUGUUCAUGUAGCAAAAUGGAAUAAUACACCAACAAAAUAUGCAGUUAAAAAAAUUGUUGACAAUAAAGAGGUUUAUUUGACAAAAAUAGUUAAUCCUCAUGCAAAUAUAAUCGGAUUCUACGGAGUUACUAAAUUAGAAGGUGAGGAAAGGUAUUCGCUUGUUCUUGAAUAUGCAGAUGGUGGAACACUAAGAGAUUAUAUAAGGAAUAAUAUUGUCGAAUGGAAUAACCAACUGAGGUUUGCAAGAGAGAUUACAAGUGCAAUUUUAUGGUUGCACGAUUAUAAGGGUAUAGUACAUGGGGAUCUUCAUCCGAAUAAUAUCUUAUUACAUAGAGGCACAAUAAAAUUAGCAGAUUUUGGACGUUCUUUUGAAAAAGGAAAGGGUGAUGAUAAUACUGAAGUAUGGGGAGUAGUACCUUAUGUGGAUCCUAAAAUGUACGAUAAAACAAUUCUGUAUAAGUUAAACGAGAAAUCUGAUAUAUAUUGUUUGGGAGUUCUAUUCUGGGAGUUGGCCAGCAGCUCAUUGCUUAUUGAUAGUCCUGAAGAUAAUUAUGUAACGCUUGGAGCGGCUGUACCGAACACGAAUGAUAAAUUUGCUGAACUUUAUCAAAAAUGUUUGGAACAAGAACCGGAUGAACGACCAAACAUUUCCGAAGUAAAUGAAACACUAAAUACCAUUGACAUUGAUGAGUCUACUGUUUCUGAUUCUGAGGAAAGUGAAUAUUCCUAUCAAAUUGAUUUAAAUAAGCUUUGUCAAAAACUUUAG